AUGUCCACAUAUUACGAUUGCGUCGUAGUUGGGAGCGGCCAUGCAGGCUGCUCAGCAGCCCUUGCCGCUAUGGAGGCAGGUUGUACCUCUGUCCUCAUUGUUGAGAAAGCCCCACGUGAAUGGGUCGGCGGAAACGGCUACUUCACAGCAGGUGCGCAUAGAACAGUCCACGGGGGACUGCAGGAUCUCCUUCCAAUCGUGCACAAUGUCACACCAGAGCAAGCAAUCAAGAUCGACAUGGAUCCCUACACUGUGGAGGACUUCACCAAGGACAUCAUGCGUCUUGGGAAAGAUAAGCCAGACGCGAAACUGGUGAAAACCAUGGUGGAAAGUUCGAGAGAGGCGGUAGAAUGGCUUGCACGGAAGGUGGAAAUUCCGUUCAUUCUGUCGUUCCACCGCCAAGCAUACGAGGUGAAUGGGAGACAGAAGUUCUGGGGUGGUAUGGCGCUCAGUACUGAGGAUGGCGGAAAGGGGUUAAUUAGUGCCCAUAUGAAGGCGCUGGAGAAGGCUGGAGUGGAGAUUUGGUUCGAUUCUCCUGCCAUCAAGCUCACGGUCGAAAAGGGAAUAACAGGCAAGGAGCUGAAUCUUUCAGCUUCUUCCGUAGUGCUGGCAGCAGGAGGUUAUGAAUCUAGCUCAGAGCUCCGUGCCAAACACCUUGGUUCGGAAUGGGAAAAGGCACACGUCAGGGGUACUCCUUUCAACACAGGCGAUGGCCUUGCCAUUGCACAAGCUAUUGGUGCCAAACUUGUCGGAGACUGGGCAGGAUGUCACAGCACAUGUUGGGAUGCGAAUGCACCAGCGGACGCAGGGGAUAGGGAGCUUAGCAAUCAGUUUACGAAGUCAGGUUAUCCUCUCGGUAUCAUGGUUAACAUCAAUGGCCAACAAAUUACUACUUACGCCAAAUUUGGGCGACAGAUCCUUCUCCAACCGGAAGGAUGUGCAUUCCAAGUGUGGGGUGCAGACAUGGUUCCAUUGCUCCGCAAGGAGGAAUAUGGGGAUGGGAUUGUCGAGAAGAUCUUUGCUGGGAGCAUCGAGGAGCUUGCGGAUAAACUACUUGAGAAAGGGCUCAAGGACAAAGAGGGUUUCCUCAAGACAGUGCGCAAUUACAACGCAGCAGUUCAAAACCACCGAGCUGAACACCCAACUCUUGGAUGGGAUCCCACGGUCAAAGAUGGACUCUCAACACAGUCUACCACAGCAUCGCUGCAGCUUCCAAAGUCAAACUGGGCAGUGCCGAUUGAUCAGGGGCCCUUCUUGGCAGUAAAAGUCGCGUGUGGGAUCACGUUUACCUUCGGCGGACUCGCUAUAGAUCCGGAUACCGCUGGCGUACUGUCGAAAGAGACAGGUGCACCAAUAAAAGGACUCUUCUGCACGGGGGAGAUGGUCGGUGGUUUAUUUCAUAACAACUAUCCUGGAGGUAGCGGACUGACUGCUGGAGCUGUGUUCGGACGCAAGGCGGGGCGCGAAGCAGCUAAACUUGCUGGGAAAUUAGCCAAGUAG